AUGAACCCAUUCUUUCCCAAGAAAAUCAAUACAAGACUACACUACUUCAAAAUAAAAAAGUACUUGCCUGUAACAAAUAGUGGUGUGAUUUAUCAUUGUGGCGGCAUAUCUCAUACAAGAGACGAUACAGACGUCGAACUUGACUUUAGACAAGAAAGCAACUUUUUUUAUCUUUCAGGCGUAGAAUCAUCAGCAGGAUAUCAUAUCUUGAUUUCGACAGAGUCUGAUGCAAUCUAUCUUGUUAGACCAACUAUUUCACCAACAGAGCAAUUAUGGAAAGGGAUUCCUCAGACAGAUCAAGAAUUAUUAGAUACAUAUGAUGUAGAUCAUAUCAUUCAAGCAGACCAAAUCACACAGCUCUUAAAGGACAUUGACCCAACGAUUAUUUAUACACUAAACACAACAGACACAAGUGCUAUACCGCAGCCAUUUAAGAAACAGUUGAAUAUUGCUGUCUUGAAAGCAGCUAUUUAUGAAGCGCGUCUAACAAAGUUUCCCUGGGAAAUUUCUCUCUUGAGAUACGCAGCUCAUAUCUCAUCACAUGCUCACAUUGAUCUAAUGACUACGCUUGGAAACAAAACAAAAUCAGAUGUCUAUGAAGCUGAACUAGAAGCCAAGUUUCGAUGGGUGUGUUCAAGGAACGGAUUACCGAGACAAUGCUAUAUACCUAUUAUUGCUUCUGGCCCUCGUGCGGCCGUAUUGCAUUAUACAGACAACAACAAGCGGAUACCAAUAGAUGAUCCUCAUGCAUUGGUACUGGUGGAUGCUGGUGGCGAAUAUCGAUGUUAUGGAAGCGAUGUCUCGAGAACAUUUCCUGCAAGUGGCAAAUUUUCUAAAGAAGCAAGCACCAUUUACAAUAUUGUCUUGAAAGCACAAAAUGCAAUACUUGAUUGUAUCAAAGCAGGUGUGUUUUGGAAAGAUAUGCAUCAAUUGGUUGUACGAACCUUAUGCCAAGGACUAAGACAGAUUGGGAUAUUAGUGGGUGAAGAAGAAGAGUUGAUCCGUUUGAAUAUUUAUCGAGCCUUUUAUUUUCAUGGAACGGGCCAUUCUGUUGGCUUAGAUUGCCAUGACGUUGGAGGAAAGGGCAUUGGCAUAUUAAAAACAGGAGGCAUAAAAGGGGGUAUUUCUCUAGAGCAUUUUGACAGACCACUAGAAGAAAACAUGGUUGUCACAGUAGAACCGGGACUGUAUUUUAACGAUGUAAGCAUUCAACUCUGGACUCAAAAUCGCGAAUAUCAAUCGUAUUUCAAUAUGGACAAAAUCAACCAAUACCGAGUGGUAGGAGGUGUUCGUAUUGAAGACACAAUUGUCAUUACACGUUCUGGUCAUGAUAAUUUGACAAUUGCACCUAAACAAGUCAGUGACAUUGAGGCCAUCAUGCAGCAAUAA